GUGAUGGCGAUCGGGAUGAGAGCCAUAACGUGAUGGUAUACUCGAUACUAAUCGCUACCAUAUUUGUGACACUACUGGUGCGGUCGGGCACUUGGUUUGUGAUGUGUAUCCAGGCGUCAGUCAAUCUCCAUAACAGCAUAUUCUUCCGACUCAUGCGAACGCCUAUAGCCUUCUUCGACAACAAUCCCGUCGGCCGAAUACUGAAUCGAUUCACUAAAGACAUCGGUGUUGUCGACGAACAGUUGCCCGCAGUUUCCUAUGAUCUCAAUCUAAUCUUCACUCAGAUAAUCGGAUCGGUAGUAGUGGUGGCGUUAGUCAACCCGUAUCUCAUAAUACCCGCCAUUUUCUUAUUGGCCUUAAUUUGGAUCAUUCGAUGGGUUUAUCUAAAGACCGGACGAGACUUCAAACGCUACGAAGGAAUGGCCCGGAGUCCGCUAUACAAUCACAUGACCACCACUUUGAGUGGUUUGUCGACAAUCCGCGCCUUCAAAGCGCAGGAAGUGUUUCGACAGCAAUACUAUGUCUAUCAGAACGAUCACACGUCCGCUUACUUCAUGUGUGUGACAAUGGAUUGGAUUUGUGUGUCGUAUGUCUUCUUUGUGGCGCUCUUUCUGAUGGUCUUCCAUAAGGGUAUCGCUUACCUGGAGAGCGGAAGCGCUGGUCUGGCGUUAACGAUGGCUCUGGGGUUGACUGGAAUGACUCAGUGGGGGGUCAGACAGUCGGCCGAACUCGAGAAUCAGAUGACAUCCGUCGAGCGUAUCGUCGAAUACAGUGGACUCGAGUCGGAGCCCGAGUUGGAGAGCGGCGUACGUCCGGCACCCGAAUGGCCGCAAACCGGACGCAUACAACUGGUCGACGGGGAGAGAAAGUGGGAAUCGUUGGCCGCACGGGUGCCGGCAAGAGCUCAAUACUGGCCGCACGGGUGCCGGCAAGAGCUCAAUACUGGCCGCACGGGUGCCGGCAAGAGAUCAAUACUGGCCGCACUGUUCCGUAUGCACGACAUCGACGGCCAGAUACUCGUCGACGGCGUAGACUACAAGUCCGUAGGCCUUCACGAUCUGCGCCGCCGUAUGUCAAUCAUACCUCAGGAUCCGAUCGCAUUCAUCGGUUCUCUGCGCAAGAACUUAGACCCGUUUGAUGAGCACCGGGAGGACAGGCUGUGGGCGGCGCUCGAAGAGGUACAGCUCCGGCAGGCGGUGCUCGAUAUGCCGGCGCAACUCGACUACCAGUUGACCGAAGGCGGCGGCAAUCUGUCUGCGGGUCAGCGACAGCUCAUAUGUCUGGCGCGGGCUAUACUGCGCGGCAAUCGGAUCCUCGUGUUAGACGAGGCGACGGCUAAUGUGGAUCACAAAACCGAUGCG